AUGCGAUUUAUGUUAUGUCCGAGUAGCAAAGUGAUUAGGAGACAUUAACAUAAUGGAGUUAUUAUAUUGAUAUAAUUGAUGUCACUUUGCUACUUGACUGUUAUAUAAAUAUUGAUCGUCAAAUGAAUAACGUAACAGAGUUUUAUAUAUUCUUUUAAGUACCAUGAAGUCCAGUAAAAGUUUAGCGAAUGGUGGCUUGUGGGGCGAACUGCCAGCACGAGAGACACUCAAGCAAGAAAUAAUAACGCCAGACCUGAUAGAAAAUAUCUGGCGACAAGUCCUGGAUGACACUAAUAACACUGACUGUGAUUAUCGGAUUGACCGACAACCCGAGUACUUACAACUGCCUAUGGGAAACCUACAUGUAUUGAACACUAUAAAUUUUCAUCAGCAAUUACGCGCAAUGGAAGAGGGAACUGUGCUUGGGAACAUGACUGUCAUAGAGUCGCAGGACACAAAAGCUGUGGCACAUUCCAAGAGUCCAUUUCACUUUUUACCUUUCCAUAAACCAAAGGGAGAUACAUUUAAGGAUGCCUCUACUGUACAUCACCUAACACCGCAAACUGCGCGAAAUCUGUUGAAACAUUCUGUGACUAUCCUGCUAGCUCACAUCGGGUUUGAGAAUUCAUCGGACGUAGCUAUAGAAACCCUCACUGACAUCACGGACCAUUUCCUGAGGCGGAUGACCCUGUUGCUGAAAGCGGCAGUUGAACAGAGCAAUGGAUUUCCUGACGCUAUGGAAAGGGUACUGCUCGAGACAGGCGUGGGUGGAUUGGCAGCGCUCCACGAUUACUAUCAGGAAUACGUCCUGAAGUACGAAGAGAACACGCGGAAGAAGGUCGAGGAGAUGAUGGAGAAACAGAGGCAACUUGAACUUAAUCCUUGUAGUACUAAGAUGGUCCUAGACGAGGCGGCCAGCAAGUUGCAAUUCGAAGAGCUGGACGAGUUCGGCAACGUGUACAGGGAAGUGCCAACGUUGCAACUGCUCGAUCCCGAGAUGGGCUUCCCGCCCAGUUUGGACGCCGGCUUCCAAAUGCUGUACAGCCUCGAACAGGAUGAUGCUUCCAGAUUGAACAAUAUAGAAGUGGAAGAGGAGGAGGUGAAUGUGAGCGAUUCGCCAAAUACGGGGCAACAAUCGAACGUAUCUCUAGAUAAAAAAAGAUAUUGAAACUCCCUGUACGGUGUAUUUUUGCCUUCGCGAUAGGCUUACGUCUUAUUUUAAUAUUAUUCGUCUCCCUAAAGAUGAUAUUCACGGAUUCGUGCGUUCAUUUUAGACUUUGAAAUUUAAUUGGCAAAGAAUAAGUUUUUGUAACAAAAGAGCAAACCUACUGAUAGAGCAAAAAGUCCUCGGUGGAUAUUCGAGAAUUUAUUUUAUUUAGAAUUUAUUCUACAGUUUACAUUUUAUUUCAUAAAUAUUCGUGAGGUAAUAUCGAUAAGGUAGGGAAUAUUAUAGUAAAAAAAUAUAUAUCAUAAAUCUUGUAAAAUAUUAUUGGUACAAAUAUACAGUAAAAUAGAGCAUCUAUAAUUUAACAUGACAUCAUGAUUAAUGAAUAAAAAAACACUGAUUAGCGA